UAUAGGUAUUUCUCUAAAUGAAACAUCUGGUCAAUUACUUUUCCAUGAAAUACACGAAACUAGCUAUGGACAGUAUAAGGUGAUGAACAUAUCAGUUGCCAUUGAAGAAUACGGACCUCCUAGUCGUGGAAGGUAGCACAACUAUGUUAGGGAAAUGGCAGAAUAUCACAACGAUAUUCAAAACAUCUGGACCUGGUGAUGCCGGUUUGACACCUAUAAUCAUAUUCGAUAGGAUACUAGUUUAUGAUAACCUGAAAACUAUAAAUGACUUUGUUGACCUUUUUGCACAAAAUAUACACAAUAUUUCAUCAGCAGAUUUAUCUACAGAUUUCCCUCCAGCAACCUACAGGUUGACAUUGCAUCUUAUUAUUGGGUUAAAUUUUAACAGUGGGUCUGGAUUUAUGAUAUUUGACUUUGUUCAUGGAAAGAUUGGAUAUAUUGGCCUCACAGGCCGUGUUGAGUGGGUUCAUGGUGAUCCGCCAAUUACACAUUUUAGUCUUCCUGUUCAGAAUAAUGUUGACCGCAUACCAGGACCAGUGUCCAAUGCAAAUGCAAGCACCUUCUGUUUAAAGAUAAAGCAGUAUUUGGAAAUGAAAUGUAGCAGUCUAUCAGAAAUUUUAGAUUUCUUUUACGUAGCUUGUUUGAAUGACAUUCUUCAAACAGGUGACAAAAAUAACGCUAUCGAUUCAGCAUUGGCUGCGGCAGAUGAAUGUAAGAGACACGAUCAGUCCUCUGACCGACCAACUGAUGAUUUGUGUAACAUUUUUGGCAAUAGGAAAUAUCCAGUUACUGGAGGUGAGAACUGCAAGAAGAAAUGUGCUCAUGGGAAGUUUGAAAAUGGGGAAUGUAAGUGUGACAACGGAUAUUACGGUGCUCAGUGCGAGUCAGAAUGUCCUGGAGGUCAUCAUUCUCCCUGUUCCGGCCAUGGAAGUUGUGACAUUUUAACUGGAAAAUGUACGUGUAAGUUUGAAUGGAGUGGUGACAAUGUCUGUAGCAAAUGUCACAAGGAUUGGAGUGGUGCCAACUGCAACCUGUUUAAUUCUGAUCCUGAAAUAAGAGAUGUUGAUAUUGGAGACGACGAUGACCACAGUGGCGACUCUGUUAACGUUAAUGACACAACACCAUCAGAAAUAGAUGAUGGCAAAGGUAUGAUAUGUAAAGUGAAGGGUUUAAAAGGAAAGAUAACCAUGUUCAACUCCAAAGGGAAGAAACUAAAGAAGACCUUCGACAAGGCUGUGUUAUUUGAGAUCAAGAAUCUUAGGAUUUUGAUCCGACAGAAUAUUGUUAAGAAAAAGGCAAAACAGAGGUUGGCAGUAGACAAAGUAUUUGUGACAUACAAAAGCAAUUACAUUAAUUUUGAAACUAUCCAGAAGAAGGCAACAAAAAGCGGCAAACGCAAAUUCAAAUCAUUUGUAAAUGGUAUAAGAUGGAAAAAGAAAACACAAAUUGACAAGGUACUUGGAGAUAUGUGGAUCGUGAACAAAAAUCCGAAAGUGAUUUCUGUGAGCAUUUCAGAGAUUGGUUUUAUCAUGGACUUAAAAAGAGGCAGUAUCUUCUUUCAACUUGACAUCAAACUAUUAUCAAGCAAGUGGAAUACAACUGGUCUCUGUAACUACGUUCCUACAUCAGUGGAUUAUUUGAUAACGAAAGAUUACAAAGUCUUCACUUCACCUGAACCAGUUCCAGCACAAACUGGAACUUACUGUUCCGUGGAUACAGAUUUCAGCACUGAUUACUUCAUUGACAACACUGACGUCUCCAAUAAGGUCUCAGGUUCAGCAAUUUGUUGCAAUUCAGCAAGCGCAAGUGUAACAUCGUUUCAGUUAUUCGACAGUUCAAGUGAAGAAGCAACUAUCUCAUUUUACCUGAAAACUUGUACAGGAUGUCACGGUGUCAUCUUUUCCUACACAAGGAAGAAACCAUUCAGUUUGGACUUCAGUGGGACGGUUGUGAUCUAUUAUGGCAAAAAUGACAAGUGGGACUCUGGAAUAAAACUUUUAGAUAACGUUUGGUAUCAGAUUGUAUUGACUUACUCGAAGCAAUUGAAAAAGAUUAAUCUUUACGUUUUUAGUAUUCACAAUUCAACAAAUCCAGAAACUUUCACAGUUGAAAAUUUCAACAACAAAAAUCCUUUCGUAAAUGGAGGCGAUCUCUCACUUGGAAAAUUCCAGGUCAGCCAAGAAAUAAGGAAAUGGAAAAAGAUAGAUUCCUUUGUUGGCUGCUAUGACUCUCUAGGAUUUGCUUCAAGGUACCUUGAUGCCACUACAAUAUCAGGACUGUACAUGAAGCCAAUAGAUUGGGUGAAAUAUUAUUUAAAUAUGGCAGGUGUCAAAUUCUACUAUUAUGACUUCGAUGACGAGGCAUUCUAUUCUGAAGGAUACAUGGAAUUAGAUACAGAUAAAUCAGAGCUACCAGAAGACUUCGGAAGUUUAAUUGAGAACACUCGCAUGAAGAUUGAUAACACACCAUUGCGAUCAUGUUACCAAAGGACCUCAGACAGUCCUCAAUAUGACUUUGAUAGGAAAGAUAGUGAGGUAGACGUAGCUCGUAAAAGGCGAAGCAUGCCACCCUCUUCUCGAUCCGUCUCUGGUCAGCUGUAUUAUUUGCCUACUGAUAAAGAAGUCUUUAGAUAUAGAAGUAGACGGGUGAAGAGAGAUGAUGUCAUCAUUAAUUACGAUACGCUCUGUGACAAUAUCUUCAGUGGCGCCACGUCCACAUUAGCAGUGAGUUGCAGUUCUAGCAACCUUCUUCCAAAACGAAAUGAGGCAUAUUUUGACUGUGUUAAUGCAGAUGGUGAUGGUUACGAUAUUUCAAGUGCUGUAUCUAGCUUUGCUGAUGACUGUAAAGAGGCUCUUGGUCUGAGUUUCUGGCCUGCGGAAAGAAUUUGUACUGAAUUUGAAAGUGAUUUAAACCUGUUUCCGUACAUGAAUGAAGUAUGUUUACCAAGAUGCAUUUUUGGUGGUCGCUUGUCUUCAUCCUCCCAGUGCGUCUGUGACAGUGGGUACUGGAAUGUGACUUGCGAGGCAGUUUGUCCUGGCGGGGCUGCUGUCCCUUGCAGCGGAUAUGGAACGUGCAACCAGACCACUGGUGAAUGUGAUUGUCCACUAAACAGACUGGCAGCCGAUGAUUGUAGUAUCUGUACAAAUGGAUGGUAUGGAAGUAAUUGUAACAUUGCUGUUAAUGAAGAAAGCGUAAGUGUGAACAAACAUAUCGCUAUUGUUGGGCAACUCGGUUCUAUCUACACCUUGGAUGAUUUGAGCUAUGCCGUCAAAAUACAAGGAGAAAUGCUGCUUUUAGCUCUGUCACAUAACGUAAUCAUUCAUUGCAAAUUUGUCACUUGUUAUCAGAAUUAUUCAUGUAUUCCGUUUAUGUCGGCGCGAAUUGGAGACGAUACAAACGGUUAUGUCACUGUGACUAUUCAAGCAAGAAGAAUUUAUGAUUCUAAACCACUUAUAUACAUUAACGGCGUAUCCAGUUCACUAGACGAAAUGAUAUAUUUCAAUGGAUUCAAAGUGUACAGAUCAAGUUUCUUCCAAGUGAGUUUUGACAUAAAAGAUACUGCCAUAUUCAAAAUUAGAUCUGACGGGCAAUACCUACACUUGGAUUUGGAAUUGCCAAGUAAUUUGAUAAAUCAUACCUCUGGGUUAUUAAGUGGUGCUGCAUUAGAAGUUCCUACAGAUAAGCUGAGACACUUGUCAACGGCUAUACUAACAGAAUUUGGAAUCUGUAAAAGUUCAACUAAAGUGCAAACUUCUUUAGCUUCUGAAAGCUCCAACACAUUGGUUUUAGAUUCAUAUGAACAAAGAUACGGGAACGAUACAAAAUUCAGCAUAUCCAGAUUUGUUGUGUCAGCAUGUGAUAGCAUAAUCUAUUUCCCAAGCAAUGAAUAUAAGAACCAGACUCAAGGUGGAUUUGGUUUAAGCUUCAGUAAAUCAAGUAUAUAUCACAAAUUCAGCAUCAACACAAGUUCUACCUCAAAACUUACAUUCGAACUUCUCGUCAAGCAGAAUCAAGCAAAUGGUAGUGGUGUCUUGUUUUCGUUUACCGGCGAUAUAUCUUUAAUUGUUAGCAGCGCAAACUCGUCCCUUGAAAUACACACAUACAGCAGAAACAAAACGGUGUUUGAAACAAACAUUACUCUUGAUGAAAAGUAUUGGAACAAAGUGGUUUUGACAUAUGAUAAUCCAGAAGGCACCGCGACUUUAUAUGUAACAGACAAAAAUGCAGCAGUUUCAACAACUGGUCAUAUUGAACUUCCUGCGGGGAUUUUCAACAACACAGGAAUACUGACUGUUGGUCACUGGCAACCACCUUUCGAUGCCAAUGAGUACCGGCUUCCAAGUGGAUUUGAGGGGAACAUAGAAAAUUUCAUGAUCUGGAACAUAAUAGUGUUGCCGAAUGAAAUAAGCCAGCUCUGGCAGAUGGAUCCAGCAGUUCCUGCCGAAAACUUGCUUUUCUCCCUACAGUUCAAUGAAGGUGAUGGAAUCCUUACCAGAGACAAUAUUGGAAAUUUAGAUGUCACUUUUCCAGAGUAUCCUUGGAAGGCACCAAAAUGGUUUGUUUCUGAUCUUCACUACACGGGCAGCAGUAUCCCGGAUUUUGCUUUUAUUUAUUUUAACAACAACUCUUUAGCAAAUGAAGCGGACACAAUUUGCUUCACUUCAAUUUUCCAGGCUGAUUGCCCAGGUAUCAGCAAUAGCACGAAAGAAUUCUUUUACCUCAUUUGUAGGCAAGCAAUGUCUGCAGCAAAUCAUAAAAUAUCAGGGUAUAGUGUAAUAAUUGACUACCUAAGAAUCUGUGUUGCCGAACACGGAAUGAUUGACUCGGCACUUACCUCUUUCUGUACCGAAAUAAUGGAUAUGAAUGCAAAUAUUUCUGCCUGUACAAGAAACUGCAUGUAUGGAUUUCAGCAUUCUAAUGGUUCCUGCUCCUGUUUCAAGGGCUACUUUGGAACAUAUUGUAAUACUGUUUGCCCUGGAGGUUCCGAUUCCCCAUGUAGUGAUCAUGGUACUUGUCUUACAAACGGAACUUGUGAAUGUUGGUGGAACUGGAAUGGGAACAACGAAUGCUCCGCAUGUACAUCAGACUCCACUGGUUCAAUAAUUGGGCCAGAUUGCGCUGUCCUCGCAACAUCUUCCCUCUCUUCCAAGACACUAGUAAUUGCGGCUGUAUCAAGCUGUGGCUACUACAUGACUUUUGAUGGUCAACAGAUAUCGUUCACUGGAGAAAGUGGAGCGUUCUUGCUUUUUGAAUCAUCUAUUCUCGGUGUGGAAGUCCAUGUCUACCAAGUAUCUUGUCACUAUGGUUCAUGCAUCGCAGCAAUAUCUGUGUCUUCAUCCACAAACAAGGCAGUAGUGGCAACCCCAAGACAAGGGUUCGCUCCGUUAUUUUUCCUGGACGGGGAGCUUAAAACACUAGAGGAUAUCACAAACGUGUUCGGUGCAAUGACGGUCACACAUAGCUCACUCAAUGAAAUUAGUAUCAAAUUAUCAAGUAUAGGAAGUAUCACAGUGACUGUAAUAGUUCAAAACGAAUUUCUUCAAGCAUCUGUAGUUACCGAUACAACAGUUUGCCAGGUGGGCACUGGUGUUUUUGGUGCCUGUGGUGGUAAUGGGAAAAACUACUCUAUGAUGACACAAAGCGAAGUAACAAAAUAUGUUUUAACAAAUUUCAGACUGUCAAGCAGUAUUAUCUUGGAUGCUCUCAAAGUUCCAAGUAACAACGGUACAUACAAGUCAGGUUAUGCGCUCAAGUUCAACAAUACUGCAGUAAUAUCUGCACCAAUUUUAUACCAAUCUGGAUUUUCUCUUACAGAUCUCGAUUUCAGCAUAUCAUUAUAUUUUAAACCCUUGGAAUACGGUGGAUGCGUUAUGUCUUAUGCUAAAGAUGUUUCAUUUGCAAUCAUAAAUACAGACCCGAUGCAGAUACAUUAUUUUACGACUUCUGUACAACUUUCAUUCACAGCAGAAUUAAAUGUUUGGAAUCAGAUUGUACUAACCUUCAGGAGAGAUACGCAACAGAUUGAUGUUUACCACUUUGUGAAAAAGUCGACCAUAUUGCACGAAAUAGUAAACUUGAACUGUCCGGAAAUCUUUGAGAGAGAAGGAGUAGUAAUGCUGGGAGCAUUUUUGCCUUCUGUUAAGAGCAAGAAGUACACUUUCAGUUCGGACGCUUUUGUUGGAUUCAUUGACGAAUUUACAGUAUGGAAAGACCCUAUUCCAAAUUCUCUCAUUUAUCAAGCCCAUCUUCUAAACACCAAAGCAUCAGACUUUAUCUCAAAACUGUCCUUACUUUUCUCGUUCUCUGAAGGAAUUGGAACUAUAGCAUUCGAAGAGGUCGGUGGAAACAAUUUAAAGCUACCAGGCUUCCCAUGGCAGGCACCUACUUGGAUAAUAUCAGAUCUGGAACUUGAAGUAAUAGGCACAACUGUAAAUGAUGUUCCCUCCGUCAUUGAUAUUGAUCCAGCUGUUGAAAUUGCCUGUAAUAAGUUUUUUGAAUCGAAUAUUUUGCGAUUAGAAUGUAGUGGUGUAUCUGCCUUCAUUAGAUGGUGGUACCAACAAACAUGCAAGAUAAUAGCCACUAACAGGGGAAACAUAUCUGACACUGCUAUUGCUAUGGUCGAUUUCACGUCAAUAUGUAAAGUUACUGGGGGUAAUGCAACCAAUUUGUACAAAGAAAUUUGUUCACUGGAUACAUACUUUCCAAAAUGGUUAAGACAGAAAUGCUCUACUUGCGUCUUUGGAUAUGAAAGUAAUGGAAAGUGUGUUUGUUACUAUGGAUAUUAUGGGGUUAAAUGUGAUGGAGUUUGUCCAGGUGGCGUUAAAACACCUUGCAACGGUCAUGGAGAUUGUGAUAUAAACGGUACUUGCCAAUGCAACGGCCAUUUCACGGGUUCCGCUUGUAGCAAGUGUGAAACGGAUUGGUCAGGAGACGACUGUAUUAUUUUCAAACAAUCGUCUUAUGACCCGCUUAGAAAUGGUGCCAAUAUACUUGUUGCCCAAGUCAAUCUGAUUGGUCAAUUGAUGACAUUUGAUGGUGUUAUGUUGGACGUACCCAGGACAGGAUACUUCAGUCUUCUGUCUGUUAGAUCCUUAGACGUAGAAAUUCAUGGAAGAUUUUCCAUCUGCACUUCAGCUUCAUCAUUACAGCUUUGUCUUGUUGGAAUCAUAUUAGUGCAUGGUGGUGAAAAGUAUUACAUUAGCUAUAAGUCUUAUGAAACAACAAAAAUUGAAAUAAUUACAUCUUCAACAUCGUUAAUCUUAUACGAUACAUUAGUGUUCGGACACAUCACUUUGAAGUUGGAAUCUUCAGCGACAAUUAAAAUGUCUGUACAUAAUUCUGAUCUAAUGAUGAGGAUAUCCUUUAUAAAUGAAAGAUUGUUAACAACAAUUUCGAUCUCCAGCAUUGAGUGGAAUACGAUUCAGAUACACAUUAAAGGAAUACUGACCUCGUGCAAUACGUCACUUGCGAUUUCAGCAUCCAGUUGCAACAUCAGUCGAGACGCUGUCUGUACUGAUCCAGCACAAACAAUACCAGACGCCUGUAAACUGCCUCUAACAACAAAGACCGCCGAAUUAUUUUUCAAUACUUUUGUGUAUGUUGAUGUCAAAUUUAUUUUGAAAAUCGAGGGAAAAGACUUACAAGCACUGAUGUCAAACUGCUUCUUAUACUCUGGUACUGGCGUAUCAGCAACUGGAAUCACAUUACCAGAAUCUGACUUCACUAUUGAAGUACACGUCAAACCAACAGCUAUCGGUGGCAUUAUACUAACUUACUCAUUUCAAGAGGAAUAUAUCAUUCUUGUUCAUCAUGCAGAAGGAAUAAUUGUUUUACUUCGGGGAUUGUACCAUACGACUGGAUUGGUUUUAGAACUGGAUGUAUGGAACCAAAUAAGUCUCGCUUGGAGAGAUAAUGUAGGAAUCUUAGAAGUCUACCACACAAACAAUGCAGGUGUCACAUCAGUGAAAGUACUAUCUGUAUCUGAUGCAGUAUUUACAAGCGGAGGAACAUUAACGCUGGCCCAGGUUACUCCAGGUUUAAAUGUAGACAUUGCCAUGGGAGUGCUUAAAGGUUACAUAGAUGAAGUUCGUGUGUGGUCACGGCCACAUAACCCUACCAUCAUAGUCAACAACUUCAGAGUUAAAGUCACAUCUGACACGAGUGAUAUUUUAUACAACUGGAAUUUCAACGAAGGAGUUGGUUUCACCGCACAUGAAAGCAUGCAGAUGGAUAAUAUGGUAGUCAUUGAUACCCAGAAUCCACCUCUUUGGGUACAAUCGGACCUUGAAUUGUCUGAAAACUACGACCUUGAUAAACCUAAAAUGACCACGAAGUUUGGAAUUACCGAAGCAGAACUAGAAAUGGCUCAAGAAAAGUGUCAUACUCUGAUGAGUAACUUCUCAAAUGCAAUAACUGGAUCUAGCGUUGAAAUGCUAACUGAAGUACUUGAUGACAUGUGUGUUGAUGAACUGACUAGUACUGGAGAUUCAGCUCAAGCGGAGGCCAUUUUGGCAGGAGCAGCCGACUUAUUUGUUGCCGCUGAAAACGCGUCAUCCAAUCCAAUUAGCAGUAUGUGCAACGUAGUGGACUCGCUUGUCGAAUAUAUCGGAGCCAGUGGUGACAUAUGCAAAACGUGCAUAUUCGGUGAUGUGCAAGAUAAAACAUGCAUUUGCUUAGACACACAUUGGGGACCAACAUGCACAGCCAUCUGCCCUGUAGGACCACUUGGUGCAUGCAGUUCAUAUGGAGUGUGCUCUUCAGAUGUUGGUAUCUGUUAUUGUCACCCUCGACAUUACUCAAGAGCAAUAACUGUAACUGAAGUCUGGAAGAACUACGUUUCAUCUUUCAGUUUGAAUAUCUCAAUAGAAUAUACUUGUGAUGAAUGUUCACAAAACUGGGUUGGAAAUGACUGCCAGUUUGCCAGCUCGCUUAAAUUUAGUUACGUCGGAAUAGUGUAUGGGUCAUAUAUAACUACUUUCGAUGGACUUUCCUUUACACAUAUUGCACCAGGCUUUUAUUUUCUUAUAAGAACGUCUUCCAUCAACGUUCAGUGUUUAUUCUUACCUUGUUUAGGUACAAAUAAAUGUCGAUACAUGAAAGAAUUAGCUGUCCAUAUCGGAGGGGACAUAGUCACAGUUCAACACAAUCCUGGGGAAAAUGUAACAGUUACCUUGAAUGACGAAGAAUUACUCUAUCCAGUGCAAAAGGCAUCAGUUAAAAUAGAAAUACUAUGGACUGAGGACCCAUUCAUAAAGAUAUCAUUUAGCAGUUCGUAUAUUAUUGUGUACGAUUCAGCCAUUGGUUUAAUCACUUCCUCUCGAAUACAUAAAGAUAUUGCAAAAGUUAAUAAAGGAAUGCUAGGAUCAGCUGACGGAUCAUGGACGAAUGACAUUCAGUGCGGUGAUGAAACUACACAAUUAAGAGAAGGUGACAUAACAGGAGAUUAUGCAGGAGAAUGUGUUAUUAAACGGUUCACUCCCUCUACUAACGACCUGAUUAUUAAAAGUCACUAUUCUUCAGGCUCAAUUUCUGCAGGAGGAUACGCUUUGUCGCUGUUUGGUGGACAAUACUUUUAUGUACGCGGAUUUAUUGUAGAACAAAAUGUCGUCGCUUUUACAGUCAGUUACUGGAUUAAAUGUACAAUAGCUUCGUCUCCUGCCAAGACUUCUUACACGCUUGUCUCCAUCGCAGUUGGUUCCAAAACUUUAACAUUCCACGUAAUGUCUGGUUAUUUAGCAGUCACUUUGAAUACAAACAUGACAACUACGCAGAUAUUUGAAUUAAAUGUUUGGUAUUAUUUUGCAUUCACUUGGCAAUCAGAUGGUUCCGCUGUUAUCUACCUUAUUAGAAACGGACUUGUUGAUAAGACUACCCUUAACCUAAAUAUUGGAUCUUCUGUGAAUGUAAAAGAAAUUAAAAUCCACUCUUCAGCUGCAGCCCGUAUAACUGUCGAUAAUUUCCGUAUGUGGGCAAAAUCGAAAUCUGUAAAUGAAAUACUAGCUGACAUGAAUGUCUAUGGUGAGUCUGAGGCUCCCGACAAAACGCUUAUGUUGUCGGCGCUGUUCGAUGAGGGGAUUGGAGACACAUCAUCUGUGACAACAUUUCAAACAAACAGUGGAACUAAGUCUGGCUCUGAAAUUGGAACUGUUCCUGGUAUAAUAUCAGAUACCAUUACCAACGAAACAUGGGUCCCUUCUACUAUCCCAAUACCAGCAAUCCAUUUACCAGACGCACUUACAACAUACAGUCGUACAAAGAGCAACUAUACGACCGCAGCUGCUGAUUGCCUGGCCGAAAUCAACAACGAAACAAUUGCUAAUAACUGUGAAGCAAUGGCGAGCAGUCUAGUGGACCAUUUCCUUGAAGCAUGUAUUCGUGAAUAUAAACGAGCUGGUGCCAAAGAAGCAACAAGAAUAAUGCAUUAUUCUCUCGUUUACUAUUGUGUAACUGUUAUCGGCGUCAACGACUGUUUAUUCGAUCACUAUUUCUACUUCUGUGACGAAAAGGCCCCAGACGAUAAAGGCUUUCCCAUAUGGAUAAUAAUUCUAAUUAUAGUCAUUUGUAUUCUAAUUAUAGCUAUAAUUGUCGUCUGCUGCUGUUUUUUUGUUUGCAUGAAGAAAAAGAAGGGAAGAAAACACAGGGAGGGCGAGGUGACGUUAAUAUCUCAAAGAAAUUUUGAAAAUAAACUAUAUAUGGAACAUGACAAUGAAGGCAUGCACGAAGGAAUGCACGAGACUGCUUUCGGUAGAGAGACACACACUAGAAUUGGGGUGCAUUUUGGAGGCAGUGAUUCUCCUGCUUACUUUAACUCUGCUCAUUCUAGUAGACGACCUUCAGUAGAUACUGACGAUCUCUUUGAAUCACCUGUAAUGUUUAUCAGUUCGCCGCCAACAGAAACAUUGGAUACCGAAGAUCGGCACAAUGUACAUGGUGAAGCGCCAUCGUCUCAACGUCCGCGUUUUUCAACAGCGCUAAAAAGAUUUCUUGGAAGAAAAUCAGUUGGUAUGUAUGAUGAGCACAUUCAACACAUAGAUGUAGGCACCCCAUCCGCAGAUGGUGACGAUAACACACACAAGGCGACAGAGGCAAAAGGACACGUUACCGAAACAGUUGUUCCACAAUCUGUCAAAGAAUUGUUUCAUAAAGAGCAACAGUCUGAAAGAUCAUCCUCGCCACAUCCAGCUCCAGAUACAGAAAACGUACAUCCAAAGGGCACAAGGCCAAAGGUAUUACAUGAUACCCAUCACGAUGCACAUGCGCACGCAUUCACGCCAUUUAGUACGUUCGGACGAAAAGAGCAUUCGACCCCAGCACAUGCUGCCGAUGCACCUACAAGUAUUAGGGGUAGACAUUCGCCCCAUUUCUUUUCAACAGAAGCUGAAAGAACACAUCACACUGAGGAUGAAACUAAAGUAAAACAUGUACCUGGAUCGAGCGAAUCGCCCAAUAUUCGCUUCUCAAGGAACAUUCAUCCUGAUCCGCAUGACUAUGCUGAAGUGCACGGAAGUCUGUUUGGAUCAAGAGGUAAACCACUACCGUUACUAGAUGACUUUUCCGGAGAAUCUGGUACAAACUCUAGAUCGUCUACACCUGGAUUGAAACAGCCGGAGGAAGCUUUGAAAACCAAGAAAAAGAAAGUGAAAAGCCCAGUUACCACGGAUCCAAGUAUAACAUCUCCUUGGGAAAAAUAUGUGGCCCCUCUUCCUACUUCGUUGAAAAAAGGCACAAAAAAGAAAUCGUCCAAAGUCAAGCCGAAAACGACAAAGGAACAAGACAUUGUAUGCGAUAUGGACAAUGAAGAUCAAACAACUGUUUAAACCGUUAUACUCGUAAUCAAAUCAAAACUGAUGUGAUGUACUUUUAAUAAGUUAUAUAUUGCAAACAUGCAGGCUUAUAAUGAUUUUGCCGGGCAACACUUAAAGAAUAUAAUUCAACGAGUUUGAGAGUGUGUAAUUGAAAAUGUGAUAUAAAUUUAACAAGUCAUGAAAAGUAGAGAAAGUACUUGUACUGAGAAACAUAUAUUAACUUUUAUAUAGAAAAAAUCCAAAUAAUGUAAAUAUUUUGUUUGUCUGUAUUUCAGAUUACUGUAUUUCUCUUUUAUGUUUUUGCUCACAGGCGGAUCAAAGUUAUUGUUCUGUGAUUAAGUACGCUGUGAUAGUUAUGUAUGUAGAAUAGAUAUGUAUAUAAAAUUAUUUAAAUUCUGUCCAUAUAUUAAUGUAAUAUUCAUCUUUUCCAAAGUCAUUUUAAAUAGGUGAUACUUUUCAGCCUGAAAAAAUUUAGUAUACAAUAAUCUGAUUA